AUGAGACGGGCUGUUGCUGAUUAGCUAGUAGCUCGCUGGCUAACAACAAACUCUUAUGAUGGCGACUUCAAAAAAGGGGAAAAAGGUGGUAAAUCAAGAAGAACUCCGGCGGUUGAUGAGGGAGAAACAAAGACAAACCGCUGACAAGAAGCGCGUGGAGUCUCCGUUCGCCAAAUACAACAGUCUGGGACAUCUGAGCUGCACGCUCUGUAGUGUGCAGGUGAAGUCCGAUCUACUGUGGCCGGCUCAUGUCCUCGGUAAACAACACAAGGAUAACGUUGCAGAGCUAAAAGGAGCAAAAACGACACCAGCGCCGAGUCAAACACCGAAGAGAAAAGCCCCUGACACCGAAGCAGUUACCGCAAAAAAGGCGAAGCCCGCGUCGGUUGCAAGUCAGUCUACAUCCGAUGCUUCUGAGAAACCUCUCACCACCCAACAGUCUGCGGGUCUGAGUCUGCUAGCCGGUGUUUAUGACGACGAGGAUGCCAACGCUGAGUCUGAGGCACCUGCUCAGGGAGCGGACGGAGGCCUUCCAGCCGACUUCUUUGACAGUUCCAUCCCAUCCACACCCGCCAUCUCUCACUCCGGAUCCGUCCUGAAAGCCGAAACGAAGGAAAAGCCCCCCGAGAAGAAAGAAAACACAUCGGAGGUGCUGCCCGAGGGCUUCUUCGACGACCCAGUAAGGGAUGCCAAAGUGCGCAAUGUGGAUGCUCCCAAGGAUCAUAUGGACAAAGAGUGGGAAGAAUUCCAGAAAGAAAUUCGCCAAGUGAACACAAAAUCCGAGGCCAUCGUUGCGGAGGACGAUGAAGAGGGGCGUCUGGAGCGCCAGAUAGACGAGAUCGACGAGCAAAUCGAGUGUUACAAAAGGGUGGAACUGCUGCGGGACAAGAGAGAUGCUGUGAAAAGCAAAGCUCUGCCCAAAAAAGACAAACCAAAAGAAAUACAGGAAGACGUAGACGAUGAGGAUGAUGAAGAGGAAUUGUUGGGACUUUUGACCCAGGACUGGAGGGCCAAAGGGGCUCUUGCUUGAGUUUCAUAAAUGCAUCACUUCUUGUGUCCAACUCAACUCAAAACAAUUAUUUUGUACAAAAAAUGCUGUCAACUCAAGAGAUUUAUAACUAACUUUCCUUUUUGUCCGGUCUAGAAUGGGUUUUGAAAACUGCAAAUCACAAGUAAAAUGGAUUAUUCAAAGGAGAA